CGGCAGCCACGUGAGGCGCUGUCAGUGCCGGGUUCUGCAGGUCCGCGGAAGGAAGCGCUCGGAGCACGCAGCAUGGAGCCGCACCGCUGGCUGCCCCUGGAGGCCAAUCCCGACGUCAUUAACCAGGUGAGCACAGGGGCGGCAGUUUCUCAAACAGUUAGGUAUACAUCCUGACUGGCAAUUUGUAGAUGUGUAUGGUAUGGAUCCAGAACUACUUAGCAUGGUGCCAAGACCCGUCUGUGCAAUGCUACUUCUCUUCCCAGUAACAGAAAAGUAUGAAACAUUCAGAACAGAAGAGGAAGAGAGAAUAAAAGCCCAGGGACAAAAUGUCAGAUCAUCAGUAUAUUUCAUGAAGCAAACCAUCAACAAUGCUUGUGGAACAAUUGGACUUAUUCAUGCUAUUGCAAACAACAGAGAUAAAAUGAACUUCGAAUCAGAUUCCACAUUGAAAAAAUUCCUGGAGGAUUCGUUACAUAUGAGUCCUGAAGAGAGAGCCAAAUAUUUAGAAACCUAUGAAGCUAUUCGUGUUACUCAUGAAUCCAGUGCCCAUGAAGGUCAGACUGAGGCACCAAGCAUUGAUGAAAAAGUAGAUCUUCACUUUAUUGCGUUAGUUAACGUAGACGGUCAUCUCUACGAAUUAGAUGGGCGCAAACCUUUUCCAGUAAACCAUGGACAAACUAGUGAUGACACUUUUUUAGAGGAUGCAGUAGAAGUUUGCAAGAAGUUCAUGGAACGUGACCCAGAAGAAUUAAGAUUUAAUGCAAUUGCUCUGUCUGCAGCUUAAUUAUCCCAUUUGAAAAAGCUGCCCCACUAAUAUAUUGUAACAAAAUAAAAAUAUUGCCAUAUAUUAUGUACGACUUUUGAUACUUUCACCAAUAUGUUGAUGAAUUUGAGAUAUGUGGAUUAAAUCUUGAAUUAGUCUUUACUGCA